AUGUCUCAGCCACCGGUACCGUCAUCAUCAAAUGCAUCCGGAGGCCAAACAGCCGCACGCAGGGGGACUCACGCGGGAAAGAAACGCAGCAUAAUUUUUACGCGGCCGCGCGAUCAGGCGUGGACCUGCCCUCAUUGCUCAAAGACUUCCGUGGAUAUUCGGCGCAUGUGCGGCAGCUGUCUUAGCCCAGAACCCAAUACCGAUACAGCCGCAAGUGCGUCAGAUUUCCAGCAGCAGUGUCGCCUUGAUUUGGAACCUCCAGAAUCUACCAAUGAUCCCGGCGUGCGCCUAUACAAGAUGCCUAAUACGCAUCGGGUUUAUCGUCAAUUUGUGGAGCCUCUUGGUAUAGAUGGAAGUAGAAAAGCUAACUAUUCUGCGGACCCUCGUCCGGGAACAGAAGAAGAGGAUGGCAGCAUGAAAAUUAACGCCGCCGCCUGCGGGACUACGUUGAUUGAUGAUCCAAGCGAUGAUUUAGAUGAACCGCUAGAGGAAUCAGUACUACCUGAAAAGCGAGAUACCGCUACCUCGAGCACCCAAAAAACUAGUCAGCCACACCAAUUGAGCACGAAGUCGUCUCAGUAUACCCAUUUUAUCUCUCUUCCAAUCGGAAAACUUCCGGCGGUGCGGCCGCUGGCAGAGGCCUUUUUAAAGAACUUAUGCGAUUUCCUCGAACAACGUUGCGGCGUCGACGGGGCCUCGAAUUCAAACAAACCAACAAUGAACAAACAAAAGGGUGGUGGCCGCUUCCCCGUCCGAUACCCCACACCAGAAGACGUAACCAAAGUUGAUAAGCUGCACAUUACCCUGUUGAUGCUAUCACUUCACAACGAGAAGGAUGUAGAGUUUGCAAAGACUCUCCUUCACGCAUUCGAGGAGCGCUGGAACUCUUUGUUGAACUCAGAGUCCGAGAGGGAAGUAAAAAACAACUCCGGGAAAGCGGCCGGGGUGCGGGUGACGCUCGGCGGGCUUCGGGUGAUGCCAAAUCGUGGAAAGAAGGUACCGGACCCUCGCCAAAGCGGCGUGAUCUACAUGGAGCUUCACAACACCGACGUUCUUAGACGCCUUCAGGACUUGCUUUUCGACACCUUUGCGGAGCUGAUCGACAACCAAGAUGAGGCCAAUCACUCUAAGUUGCUUCAUUUGACUAUUAUCAACAAAAAAUGGUCCUCAGAUCCGAAGUCUCGACUGUUUGAUGCAACGGAGGUGUUGAAGUGCUUUGGAAACGCGACGAUUCUCGGAGUGCAGAAAAACCAGGAUGGUACCUAUAGGCAUGAUGUGUGGGUGGAUCGUUUGGAGCUCAAUCGCAGGUUUAUUGCGGGCGGUUCUGCGAAUGAGUAUCAAGUUGAAGAUGCUGUUAUGUUAUAA